AUGGAUGAAGGCGUCAUUGCCAGAGAGUAUGAUAAGGGUAGGUUAAAGGAGCAGGGUCUGACUAAAAUAUCUCUUUGCAAAUGUCUCAUCUGCUUCUACAUGUACACAGACCUUCUCUUUAGUCGCAUUGCCAAGUUGAAGUUGACUGUUCAAUCCACAAAACUUAACUCUUCUUCCCUCUCUCCUCACUCCCCCUCCCUCUUUCAGCUUUUCCUGGUGGAGAAAGCAGGGAGACGUAUCCUCUUUAUGGCUGGUCUGUUAGGCAUGAUGGUGUGUACCAUAACAAUGACUCUUGGGCUUGUACUUCAGCCCAAGAUUACAUGGAUGAGCUACGUCAGCCUGGUUUCCGUCUUCCUCUUUGUGUCUUUUUUUGAAAUUGGACCAGGACCGAUUCCCUGGUUCAUUGUUGCAGAGUUAUUCAGCCAAGGUCCUCGCCCAGCAGCUAUUGCGAUUGCCGGAUUUUCCAACUGGGUCACCAAUUUCUGCAUUGGAAUGUUCUUCCCAUACCUGGCUAAACUCUUGGGCGCCUACGUCUUUCUGGUCUUUGCGGCCCUCCUCGUCCUUUUCGUCUUAUUUGUUUACUUGAAAGUGCCAGAAACCAAAAACAAGUCCUUUGAAGAGAUUGCAGAAGAAUUCCGCCGCCGAGGCAAGAAAGAUGCUGGGGGACCUACUGAAAUGGAGCAUUUGGGAGCCGCCGAAGAGGCUUAGAAACAUCGUUGCAGCAGAAAGGCAUGGAGUUAACCCAGUAGAAACUCUGGAGAAACAGGUUUAAAGAAAUAUAAAUGUGUGGAAGGUUAAAUCUAUUCUCUGGCUACUAGUGGAUGUUUUUUUUGCAGAGCAGUCUCUUCAUUUCUCGGUUCCCUCAGGAACAUGUUGCGUUAUGGAGUCUCACAAGCCUUAUGCGAAAGAGGCUAAGGAAGAAACUCCAGGGGAGGACUAUCGAUUCAAUGGGGAACCUAUAUAACCGGCGAUCCAUUGUACAAGUAUUCCUCGACUUACAACCAAACUGAGCCCCAAAUUUCCACUGCUAAGCAAGAUGGUUGUUAAGUGAGUCUUAAC